UGCAUAAAUUCAUAUUACUGGCCUUUAGAGAGACCUACACUGGAUGCUUUGUGUUGACGAGUUCUAACACAAAACCAUCGUGCUAUUUGCUUAAAGAUGCCAGCUGUUUAUGUUACACUCGAUUAAAAAGUGAAAGGAUUGUGUGUAUUGUUCCGUGUUUAAGGAGUUCGGUUGUGACUUUAAAAAGUUCUUCAACAACAGUGUUACGGUAAGCAGCUAUGGCCGUGGGCCCGGUGGACCCCAGAGAGGUGCUAAAAGGAGUUGAAGCUCUGCUGGGGAAGGAUGGAGAGCUACGAAGCCUUGAGGGAGUUGCUAAAGUCUUCAGUCUCAUGAAGGCCUCGCAUAAAAUGGUCAGCAGAUGCAUGUAUCUGAACAUCUUACUGCAGACAAAAUCACAUGAUGUACUUAAUCGGUUUAUUCGAGUUGGAGGCUACAAGUUGUUGAACUCUUGGCUCACCUACUCAAAGACCACCACUAACACCCCCCUGCUGCAGCUCAUACUGCUCACCCUGCAGAAACUCCCCCUGACUGUGGACCACCUCAAACAGAACAACACAGCCAAGCUGGUGAAACAACUGAGCAAGAGCGGUGAGACAGAAGAGCUGAGGAAGCUGGCGUCAGUGCUGGUGGAUGGCUGGAUGGCUAUUAUCCGCUCUCAGAGCGUCUCCAGUGGAGCGUCACCCAACGACAAGAAACGGAAAAAGGAGGAUGGAAAAGUGCGUCCGGAGGUGAAGCCCCGAGAAAAAGGAGCAGAUGAGGAGAAGAAGAAAGACAAACCAAAAGCUUAUGCUCCAAGUCACGCAAAGAUCCGCUCUACAGGUUUGGAGGUGGAGAGUCCAGUUCCAGUUCCUGUAAAGAAAACCCCCUCUGCACCCCUGCUUGGAGACAAAUACAACAUCAAGCCAGCUGUUCUCAAAAGACCAAGCACAUCGCCAACUGAUGCACCACCAGUGGAGAAGAAAUACAAGCCCCUUAACACCACCCCCAACUCUGCCAAAGAGAUCAAAGUCAAGCUUAUACCCCCACAGCCAAUGGAAGCCACUGGAUUUUUGGAUGCCCUCAACUCCGCUCCAGUGCCUGGCAUCAAGAUCAAGAAGAAGAAAACAAAAGCAGUUUCCCCUACCACUAACAAGCCCUGUCCGUUUGACGGCAGGCCGCAGUCGUACCCGGGUACACAGGCCAAACCGUCUUCCCCUGAGACGCCCUCAUCUCAGACACCUCCUCAUGAGAACCAAGAGCUGGAGCAGCCUGGCACACCCGUGCCCACCGAGGACCCUGAUGCAAUGGAAACUAGUGAAAAACCCAAUGCUCUGUCUGAACCUCGCGGUGAGGAGGAGGGUCUGACUAAGAAAGGAAAGAAAAAGAAAAGCGUUCGGUGGGCGGAAGAGGAUCAUCUCAAAGAGUACUUCUACUUUGACCUGGAUGAGACUGAGAGAGUGAACGUUAAUAAAAUUAAGGACUUCGGCGAGGCGGCUAAGCGGGAGCUGAUGAUGGACAGGCAGACGUUUGAAAUGGCUCGUCGUCUUUCUCACGACACCAUGGAGGAGAGGGUGCCCUGGACUCCUCCGCGACCUUUGACCCUCAUAGGCAGCCUGGUCAUUCCUGGUUCCAGCAGCAGAGAGAAGAUGAUCCAGAGAGACAGAGAGAUGGGCAUUCUGCAGGAGAUCUUCCUCAGCAAAGAGAGUGUUCCAGACUGUCCUCAUGAGCCAGACCCUGAGCCGUAUGAGCCCAUGCCUCCUCGUCUCAUCCCACUGGAUGAGGACUGCAGUAUGGAGGAGAACUACAUGGAGCCCGCUGACACUGCUGCCUCCGGCAGCUCUUCAGUCUCUAAUGAAGGCUCCAAGCUGCCUCCUGUUCUAGCUAACCUCAUGGGAAGUCUGGGCAACAGCGGCCGCAGCCCUCAGGCGCAAGGCAACACCCCACCAGCCAGUAACAACCCCGCUGUUAAUGUGCAGGAACUGCUCUCAUCUAUCAUGGGUGCUCAGGGAUCUAACCAGUCUCCAGAGGACCUGAUCAAACAGCCUGAUUUCUCGGAUAAGAUCAAGCAGCUUUUGGGCUCCCUGCAACAAAACCAGAACCAGAAUCAGAACCAACCUGCUAAUGCUCCACCAAUGAACACGGGUCUGCUUGGCCAUGGCCCUGGCCCUGGCAUGAACAUGAACAACAUGAACAACAUGCCGAUGCCCAUGAAUGGUGGUUUCCCUCCAAACAAGCCCCCUGGACCACAUUUUAACCAUCCUCCUCCUCCUCCUCCCCACGGCCACGGGCACGGGCACGGCCCACCCUUCAACGCCGGCGGCCCACGCAUGAUGGGUCCUCCGCCCGGUCCACAGGGCCGCGGGGCGGACAACGGCAACUACUGGGGCGACGACUCCAUGAGAGGAGGCCCACCCCGGGGAGGACACUUCCACCGGGGGAGAGGGAGGGGAGGAGAUCCGGGCUUCAGAGGACGAGGGGGACGCGGAGGACCACGCGGGGGACACAACAACAUGGGCGACAUGUCAAAGAGGCCAGUGUGUCGCCACUUCAUGAUGAAGGGAAAUUGUCGGUAUGAAAAUAACUGUGCGUUUUACCACCCCGGUGUAAACGGACCACCACUUCCUCCCCAGCACGGACACUAACACACCAAAAACUGCUGUUCCUUGAACUCACCACUAGUGGGCAACAGGACUCAAAAUGAGCCUCAUGUACAGAAACUGAAACAGGGGACGUUUGCGUCUGUGACAGCACAAUCCCACCUACUUCCUCCGACUGGACAGUUGCUUCAUUGGAUCUGAACAUUAAUAUUUCUUCUCCAUUUUACACUACUUUCCCUCAUCUGGAAAGCUGUGAGAAGAUCUGAGAUCCUCUAUGAAGAGACAGAUUACUUGACUUUGCGGCCUACGUGUAAAUAGGGAUUCCUGGAUAUGUAUAUUUUUAUUGUGAUUCUGUGUACCACUGACCUGACUGCUAAAGAUUGUACUACAUAACUCUGUAACCACUAGGACAGGAUGUAAAUAAUUGUCUUCAGCCAGUGGCGUACAGUUCCUUAAGCUUCUCCUGGUGGCCAAAACCCAAGAUACUGGAUGUGCAGUUUUCUAAACUAUAAUUCACACGUCAGUCAUUCUUUGCCUAAUGAAAUCGACACUUUGAAAAGUUAUUACAGCACAGAACUUUAAUUUUAAGAUUUUCUGGUUGAAUUCAAACCCUCUGACGUUGCCGUUCUGUUUGAUGUUUUAUUUUCAGGUUUCUAUUGAAGAGGGAGAAACCGUACUUCUAUGAAAUGUGUAGAUGCUUACAAAUUUCCAGAUUUUCCUCACACAUGGUCCUUGCUUUUUCAGUCCACGAUUUUUAGUUUCAAAAAUACUCAUACUCCGCUGCACUGAAAGGUAUUCAUGAAUUGGCAUUAUGUUCCCCCGAAUUGGAAAUGCUAUGUAUGCGAGGGGUUAAUACUAUUCAGAACCGCUACCUUUUGCAUUUUUGAAGUCCCACUGAAUACUUGAAUUGAUACUUUGUGAUGGAAAGUGAUCCUAGCCUGCUAAAGAAAUCUCAACUGUUGUUCUGUGUAGUGUGACAAUCAGGAGAAUUAGUGAUGAUUUCCUACUUGAUGUUGAUGCUAUGGCUUGAUUUGCUGUGCGUUCAUGUUCUCGAACCCGUGUGGGUCUGUCCCGCUCUAUCAGUGUUCAACUGAGCCUAACCUGGGCUACAAACCACUAUCAUCAAGGCCAAACAUAUUCAGGUGUUUUCUGUGAAAACAGUGGCCAUUGUCUCUUGUGGGACUCGAUUUUCUUUUUCUUUUUUUUGUUGGAUUUACUAUUUUCCCAUGAUUUUAUUUUGAUACAAGUCUGAUGAUUUUUUUUUCUUUCUAUUAUUGUCGGAGAGAUGUUUAUGUGUCAGAGCGCCGCAUAAACACAAUAAAAGGCACAUUCAGAAAUGUAAGGUGUUUUUCUACGUGUAAAUUAAUAAACAUUACGAAAUUCA